GAACGAACUGUGUGUAUAUAUGCACGUUGACAAGAGGAGGAGCCAUGGAGAGACUGUGGACGAUGAGGCGUCAGUGUUGAACCGCGAGUGCGAGUGGAGCAGCGAAGAUUCGCAGACGUUUCUUUUGAACUUUCCUGGAAACCUCUUACUUUGCUGAAAACGAUUCAAUUUUCCCGCUUUCCUCUUUCGCCUUUGUUCUCUUUCUCUCUCCCAGUCCCGGUCCCUCCCCCGCCCCUCUCUUUCUCUCUCUUCCUCUCUUUCUGUUGGAAUCUCCGAUAAAGUUUUAUCCCCUCCCCUGUACCCAGGCUCAAGUACCGAAGCUCUCGCGUUUCCGGAUCAGAUCUGAGCUGUUCUUCUUGCCAGUGCGUGUUUGGGAGCCGAGAAAAUGCAGACCAGGUACAUGGAGAGGUCCAACAGCAUGACCAGAGAAAAGCGAGCUCUGGAUCCGACUACUGCCGCCGACGAAUCUCCUCGCGACCACAAACGCCCUGCUCUUGCUAGUGUUAUUGUUGAAGCCCUUAAGGUGGAUACCCUUCAGAAGCUUUGCUCCUCACUAGAGCCUAUUCUUCGGAGAGUUGUAAGUGAAGAGGUGGAGCGUGCUUUAGCAAAGUUAGGGCCCUCUAAACUUGCUGGAAGGGUCUCUCCAAAGCAAAUAGAAGGGCCAGAUGGAAGAAACUUGCAGCUUCACUUUAGGUCCAGGUUAUCCCUCCCACUCUUUACAGGGGGUAAAGUAGAAGGGGAGCAGGGUGCAGCAAUCCAUGUUGUUUUGCAGGAUGCAAACACAGGUCGUGUUGUAGCAUCAGGACCAGAGUCUAUGGUGAAACUUGAUGUGGUUGUGCUUGAAGGUGAUUUCAAUAACGAGGAUGAUGAAGGCUGGACUCAAGAAGAAUUUGAUUCACAUAUAGUGAAAGAGCGUGAAGGAAAAAGGCCUCUUCUGGCUGGUGAUUUGCAGGUCAUAUUGAAGGAGGGUGUAGGAACCCUGGGGGAUCUUACAUUUACUGAUAAUUCUAGCUGGAUAAGGAGUAGAAAGUUCAGGUUAGGUCUGAAAGUCGCCUCAGGCUGUUGUGAAGGCAUCCAUAUUCGUGAGGCAAAAACAGAAGCCUUCACUGUCAAGGAUCACAGAGGAGAAUUGUACAAGAAGCACUAUCCGCCUGCACUAAACGAUGAGGUCUGGAGAUUAGAGAAGAUUGGAAAAGAUGGGUCAUUCCACAAGAGGCUUAACAAAGCUGGAAUUCGUACGGUUGAAGACUUCCUACGUCUUGUAGUGAGAGACUCACAGAGACUGAGGAAUAUACUGGGAAGUGGAAUGUCUAAUAAGAUGUGGGAUAUCCUUGUAGAGCACGCAAAGACUUGUGUUCUGAGUGGGAAACUUUAUGUUUACUACCCUGAUGAUGUGAGGAAUGUUGGUGUUGUUUUUAACAACAUCUAUGAAUUGAGUGGCUUAAUUGCAGGUGGAGAAUUUCAUCCGGGUGAUUCUCUUUCUGAUAGUCAGAAGGUCUUUGUGGACACACUGGUGAAGAAAGCAUAUGAUAACUGGAUGCAUGUUAUCGAGUAUGAUGGCAAGUCUCUACUAAGCUUCAAGCAGAAUAGUGACUCGGCAGAUUCUCAAAAUGAUGAUGCAUUUGGCCCUCAAGAUUAUUCCAACUCCUUUGGCCCACAGAUUGCCCUACCAACUCUUCCACCCUCAAUUGCUCCAGAGCAGCCUUCUAUGAAUCCAGGCCUCACAACAGGAGGGCAUGAUGUUAGCGUGAAUGCUCAAUAUCCGAUACAGUCACAGCACAUGAACUUCAGUAGUCCUGUUCAGUUUGAUGGCACUUCAUAUCUUCUGCAUAAUCAGACAGUCAAUGCUUCUGAACAAGUUCAGCCUUCUGGAAGUGGGAACUUGCCAGCCCUUGGUCCACAACAAUCUUCCGGGCCAAGCUUCCAGACUGGCGGCACAUCAAAUUUUGCUUCUUAUAAUAGGGGAUUUGAGGACUUCUUCUCAGAGGAGGAGAUUCGCAUGAGAAGUCACAAGAUGCUUGAAAAUGAUGACAUGCAGCAUCUACUCCAUAUUAUCAACAUUGGUGGCCAUGGUCACGCACCUGUUAAUGUCUCUGGUGAUGGUUAUCCUUACCCAUCAACACCAUACCUGCCCAACCAAUCAUCAAACUAUGUAUUUGACGAUGACCAGACACGCUCUUCUGGCAAAGCUGUUGUUGGGUGGCUGAAGCUCAAGGCGGCCCUGAGAUGGGGCAUCUUCAUCAGGAAGCAAGCUGCAGAGAGGCGGGCCCAACUUGUUGAGUUGGAUGAUUUAUAGACUCCGUUUCUGCUUGGUUUUGGUAUCUUCAGGCUUCCUCCUAGUGCAUUACUCUAUCCUCGUCUGAUUUCGUGUACUGCCAAAAAUUGAACUUGAGCUAGACCAUGGCCAUAGAUUUGGUUGGUCUGGUCCCAGAAAAAUCUGGCAUCUUUUGGACUUAACCCCUCAGUGUCUUGCUAGGUGCCUUCCUGCUUGUACAAUUUCUCCCUGUACAGUAAGGUCGUUUCUCUACCAACCACAUAAAUAACAGUUUGUCUUUUAUCUCUUACAAGGAAGCUUCUCGCAUUAGUUCCAACACAACUAAAGAUGCUCGCUGAGACACAGCUUGGUACCUGGAGGACCAGUAGUCAGGAAUUUUGGCAAGAUCCAUCUCUUCUUGCCUAUUAAGCUUUAUGGUAAAACCAAGAUAGCUUUCUAAUAGUUAGUCUGUUGAAACUUACUGUUUCUUAUUUGUAGUGUGUUAGUGGAAAUCUGACACAGUAGUCAGGUGUUUUGAUUGUACUCCUUCGUCAAGCAUUUUCUGUCUGAUGCAUAAUGCCAGUCGAAUCAAAGUCAGGGUAAAGUUUUGCAGGGCAGGUCUCAGAAAAGUCCUUGUAACAUACCAAAGUUUGGUUUGUAUCCCCCUUUCAUCCAAUAAUUUAAGACAGUUAUAUGUAGAAGUAGAAUCUCUCAGUGAAACAGCUAGUCCUGGUAUUCUUGCCUCUGCUUAAUUAGUGCGUCUGCUAAUGUUUUGGCAUGAUGGCUUCCUCUUGGUUGAUUAUUUUUCUUGUGCAAAUGCUGCCACUGUAUUGAUAUGUCAACCUUUAAGCUAUUUUGCAUACUUUCAGAAAAUUUUAUCGAGAGAACAGCUGUUGUCUUUAAUGCACAAACCCCUCUUAUCUUGUGAGGGUGGGUUAUAUUUGUAAUUAAAUUCAUAAAUUUAAUUAAUUUAUAACAGGUUUAAUAAUAAUUAUAUUCAUCGUAUC